AUGCAGCAGUAUGGCGACUUGUUUUCUGGCAUUGGGAAAAUCAAAGAUGUCAAGAUCUCUCUUCACAUCGACCCUGACGUAAAACCGAAGCAACAAAAGCAUCGUCGCAUACCCUUCCACACACGCAAAGAUGUCGAGCGUGAGCUCCGGCGACUGGAAGAUGCAGACAUCAUAGAGAGAAUUGACGGUCCUACCCCAUGGGUGAGCCCAAUUCUUGUCGUUCCAAAGCCCUCAGGCGAGAUCAGAAUCUGCGUCGACAUGAGAGAAGCCAAUCGCGCAGUCCAACGAGAACGACACCCCAUGCCUACCCUUGAUGACAUCAUCACUGACCUCAAUGGGUGUACAGUCUUCAGCACACUAGACAUGACAGCAGGCUACCACCAGUUUGAACUGGAAGAAGAAUGCCGCAACAUCACAACCUUCAGCACCCAUGUCGGUCUCUUCCGCUACAAGCGUUUGAUGUUUGGUAUCAACGCUGCCUCUGAGAUAUUCCAGUCAGCCGUGGCACAACUUCUUACUGGCCUGAGUGGAUGCAGGAAUGUAUCAGACGACAUUCUUGUCUACGGCAAAGAUCAACAAGAACACGAUAGAAACCUGAAAGCUGUUCUUGACAGACUCCAGAGCCACAACGCCAGACUGAACAAGAGCAAAUGCAAGUUCGCACAACCAGAAGUUAAGUUCUACGGACACACGUUCAGUGGAGAUGGCAUCGCACCAGACCCAAAGAAAAUUGAGGCCCUCAUCAAUGCAACAGCCCCCAAGAAUGCCAAAGAAGUCAAGUCUUUCCUCGGGUUAGCAUCAUAUGUCUCACGAUUCAUCCCCAACUAUGCAACGGUCACUAACCCCCUUCGCGCCCUUACCCAUCAAGACUCCAAGUGGAAGUGGGAGCAGGAGGAAAUCUCAUCAUUCAACGAACUGAAAAGUAUCCUGACAAACACGAAUGUCAUGGUGUAUUUUGACCCUCGCAAACCGACAGAUAUCAUCGUGGAUGCAAGUCCAGUAGGACUAGGCGCAAUGUUGUCACAAGAUGGAAAGAUUGUCUCGUACGCCAGUCGUACACUGUCAGAUGUAGAAUCCAGAUAUUCCCAAACAGAGCGUGAGAUGCUAGGAGUGGUCUGGGCCGUCGAGCGUUUUCAUCUCUACGUCUUUGGUGCCCAUUUUCGCAUAAUCACAGACCACAAGCCUCUCCUUGGAAUCUUCAAGAGCAGCAGGCCAACUUCUGCCAGAAUCGAUCGCUGGCGACUGCGUACAAUGUCAUAUGACUGUGACAUUGUGUACAAGCCGGGAAAAGAUGAUGAAAACCCAGCUGACUUCAUCAGUAGACACCCCGGAUCUCAAGCCCCUAACAAGUCAGUAGCAGAAGACUACAUAAACUACAUCUGUAACAAUGCAGUCCCAAAAGCUCUAACUCUAGAGGACGUCCGUGCUGAAACAGCAAAAGAUGGCAUCAUGCAGAAACUGAUGACAACCAUCCAAUCCGGAAAGUCACACGAUUGGGAUGAUGUAGACAUGCGUCCAUACAAACCAGUUCGGAGCGAGCUUACAAUCUGCAAUGGUGCAAUUCUGAGAGGAAACCGCUUAACGAUUCCCGCAUCCCUGCAACCCACCAUUAUCGAGUUGGCACAUGCCAGUCACCAAGGGAUAGUCAAGACUAAGAGCCUCAUUAGAGAGAAGGUUUGGUUUCCAGGUAUUGACAGAAUGGUUGAAGACAAAGUGAAGCAAUGCCUACCAUGCCAAGCAGCAACGACAAACAGCGCAGAACGUCCUGAGCCACUGAAGAUGACACCGUUACCUUCCGCUCCAUGGAAAGAAGUUGCUGUAGAUUUCACUGGCCCAUACGCAUCUGGUGAAUACUUACUUGUUGUCGUUGACGAGUAUAGCAGAUUCCCAGAAGUUGAGAUUGUGAGUUCUACUUCAGCCAGAGCAACCAUUCCGAAGCUAAAUGCAAUCUUUGCUCGGCAAGGGAUUCCUGACAUAGUCAAGACAGACAACGGUCCUCCAUUUCAUGGACAUGAGUUUGCAAAAUUCGCAUCAUAUCUUGGUUUUACACAUCGACGAGUCACCCCACUAUGGCCAAGAGCCAACGGAGAAGUAGAGCGACUAAACAGAACACUAGGAAAAGUCAUACGCAUCGCCGAGACUGAAGGUGUAAGCUGGAAACAACAGUUACAUAGAUUCCUUCGCCAGUACAGAGCUACUCCUCAUUCCUCAACAAACCUAUCCCCCAGCGAAGCACUCAACUCCAGAAAGCUGAAAUGUGAGCUACCAGAGAUCCAGUCUCCCAAACGUCCAUACAGUCGCGAUGACUCCUUGCAAGAACGAGAUGCCCAGCAGAAAUCGAAAAUGAAGACACUCGCUGACACUCGCCUCUUUGCCAAACCGUCAAACAUCCAGACAGGAGACGUAGUCCUUGUGCGUCAACCCAAACAAUCCAAACACACCUCACCAUUCAACCCCAAACCCUUCCAAGUCACGAUGAGAAGAGGAAACAUGGUGGAAGCCACAAGAGGAGACAAAGUAACCAGACGAAACGUCUCUCACUUCAAAAAGGUCCAAACCCCACCCCCUGACCCCCACACUCUAGAAGAUGACAACAGUGAUGACCCUACAGACGACAUACCUUUAGUCACUGAUUCACAGCCAUCCCAAGAUCCUCAAUCUCUCGUCAAAUCUCCAGCAGUUCUUGAGGAUAGUCCUAAACUGAAGUCCAGUCUUCGUCAAUCCACACGAGUUCGCAAGCCUCCAGUGCGAUUCAAGGACUAUGUUCAGUGA